AGCCCGCCCCAGUGCCGCACCAUGCCGGGGCUCCGCUCGCUGCCGGGGCUCCGCGCCUCGCCGCCCGCUUUCCUCGUCCUGCUGCUCGUGCUCCCGGGCGGCAGCGCGGCGGCGCCGGGCGCGGGGCAGGAGCUGGAGCCCGGCAGCCGCUCGGCCGCGGCGGCGGCGCGGGUGGCUCUGCACUACCGCAACUUCCAGGCGGCAUCGCUGGGCGGCCUCCGGGCGCUCGGGCAGGUCCGCAARGCGACGCUGAAGGACAUCCCAGAGUCUGGCCACAAGUAUUACCUGCAGUUCAGCACUGAGGACUACAGAACUGGGGAGAAUGCUGGGAGCUGCCUGGCUACAGUGCUGUAUCCAAAGAAAAGAUCUCCUCCUGUUGUCAGCAUCCAGUGCUCCCACACCAAAGACCAGAAGGAAAUUCAGGAAGAGGACAACAGACUUUACCAAAGGAUCAGGCACCAAACCAAACCAAUCACUGGGAACAAUAUUCCAGACAGCUAUGGCAACAUUGAGCCUGCCCUGGAGCCUGUGUGGGCUCUGGCUGUGGCUGGCAGCAGCUCCAUCAUGUGGGAAAAGUCCACGGAGACCUUGAGCUACUUCCUGGCCCAAGUGAAAUCUGUGAAGCAGUGGAUCAGGAAAGAUGAUUUUGUUGAGUUUGACUACACUGUCCUGCUGCAUGAAAUGCCAACCCAGGAAAUCAUUUCCUGUCACAUGCGCCUGACGUGGCUCCCUGGGCACCCUCUGAAAGUGAAACACUUCUGUGCUUCUGAGAGCCACAGCAUGGAGGAGGCAUCUGGAGCAGAAUCAGGAUCAGCUGCUGGGCCUUCAGCUGAAAAGGGAGCRAAUUUUUAAGGGAAAUCCUCGGUUUUACGGAUAUGGAUCCAGUGAGCAAAUCCUCGUGCUAACAGACCUGGAGCUGGGAUCAUUUUUCCAUGCAAGUCAGUGAAUGGGAAUGCUUUCACUGAUGUGUUCUGUGCCAAAAUUCAUUCCUGUCACUCCUCCAGCUGCAAGAUUCAAGUUCUACAUCUCUGCCUAAAAUCUCUGCUACUCCAAAUCCAUACACACCCAGAUCAACAUACACCAGUUGAUUUGAUGUCACUAAUUAACUGUUACUUAAGAGUUUGUAAACAAAGUUAAUAUAUUUGGAUUAAAAUUGUGAGAAAAGUGGUAAUCUGUCACUAAGAAAUAUUUGCCUUCUAAUUUUUGUCACUUUUUGGCCUAGAAUCGUGCUGAUUUUUAUAACUCUCAUCUCCAAUAAACCAAAUACCAUCACUCAG